GCCAUGCCACAUGGCUGCGGAGAGCAAAACAUGGUUCGGUUUGCUCCCAACAUCUACAUCCAGCAGUACUUGGAGAAGAGCGGCCAGCUAACCCCAGAGAUCAGAGACAAGGCCCAGGGCUUCCUGAAGAGUGGGUACCAGCGUGAGCUGACAUACAAGCACAAUGAUGGCUCUUAUAGCGCUUUUGGGAAGAGCGAUGCCACGGGCAACACCUGGCUGACGGCCUUUGUUGUCAAGUGUUUUGGCCAAGCCAGACCCUACAUCUUCAUUGACCAGCAGCACAUUGAGGAUGCCCUCAAGUGGCUGCAGCAGCACCAGAUGGAGAACGGCUGCUUCCAGAGUGUGGGGAAACUGCUGAACAACGCCCUGCAGGACCCCAUGAUGAGCAAGGCCCUCCAGUGCUUGCACAAAUCCUCCAACACCACUGACAUCUACACAGAAUUCCAUGUGGACAACACCAACCAGCUGGUGCUGCAGCAGGCAACUCUGCCGCAGAUCCCUGGGGAGUACACAGUGACGAGCCAGGGACAGGGCUGUGCCCUGGUGCAGCUGACCCUGCGCUACAACCUGCCACCAAAAAGCGCCACGACCUUUGACCUGCGUGUGGAGACAGACCCUAAGGAGUGCACUGGGAAUGCCAGAACCCACUUCAGCCUCAUCCUUCAUGCUCGGUACAGCGGAGGACGCUCAGCCACCAACAUGGCCAUCCUCGAGGUCAAACUGCCAUCCGGCUACCUCCCUGACAAGAAGUCCGUGAGGAAGCUGGAGAACGAGGGUUUGGUGAAGAAGCUGGAGCUGUCUGCUGAUGGAGUGAUACUCUACUUGGACCAGCUGACUAAAGAAGAGACAACAUUCACCUUUUCUGUGGAGCAAGAUUUCCCUGUGAAGAAUCUCAAGCCAGCCACUGUGAGACUGUACGAUUACUAUGAGACGGCUGAACACACAGAAGCUGAAUACAGUGCCCCGUGCAGCUCAGCCCCUGGCACAGAGGAAGGAAAUUCUCGCUGAUGCCCCUAGCCUGGCCUCCCAGCUGGGCCCCUGCCUUCCCAUCCCAGACACCGCAGCAGCAGCCAGACACCUAAGGAUCUGUAAAGCUGACUGGCCCUUUCUUAGCAGCUGCUCCUAGUCCCAGCUGUCCCCUUCCCCACAGCUUGGGCUGGAUGGAGCCAAGCAGUCAAGACACAGACCCUGAACAUCUUCUGCAGACAACACAUCUCAAGGUGCUCUGGAAAUGUGCCUCUGCCAUCCUUUCUCUCAAUCUUCAACCCUGCCCGCAUGAC